AUGUCACUUCAAAAAUGGCAUUUUAUAAUUAAUAAAAUGCUUCAAGAAGUUUAUACUCUCUUAACUGGAGCUGGAGUUGGAGGCAUAAUUGGAUUUUGGAUUCUUAAAGGAGAAUACGCUUAUUCAUCUAAGGAGAUUACUGAUAGAAUCAACUAUUUAAAUGCACUAUUGAAGGAAAAGCAAGAAAGCUUAAAAAAUUAG